UGAUCAUCUAAACACAGCAGGAAGGAACCAAAUAUAAUACAAGACACUCGGUGGGGAUUAAACCUGGGGGCUCGCACCUGCUAGGCGAGCCCUCUGCCCCCGAGCACACCCCAGUCCCCGCAGACCAAAGAUCAUCCUCAUGUCUGGACAUGGGAGGACCCAGCCCAAGCUGGUCCAGAACCGUGUUCACCUGUACAGCUUCCUUCUGCUGAAGAUCAGCCUCUUCCGGCACUGGGUGUCGGGACUGGCCCAGGAGGCCCAGGGCUCCUGCAGCCCGCAGGCCCACCCACCCACGGGAAUUGCCAGCUGCCCCCUGGUCCGGGCUCUGCGGGCAGGACUGGCACUGCUGUGGGUCCCGAUGUGGCUGCUGCUGUGGGGACCCAGGCUGGUGUGUGAGGCAGUGCUGGACAGUGCCCGGACCCUGGGCCUGACCCUGCAGCGCCUUGGUGCCGGCACGUGGCUGGGGCUAUCCGUGGACACCUGGGGGCAGCUGUUCCUGUCGUGCCUGCACAGCCUCAUGCUGGCGGCCCUGCUGCUGCUGCUGCUCACCUGGAGGCUGUUCCAGAAGGCUCACCGCUUCAGCCUGGGCUGGCUGCCCAGCCAGGCUCUCGUGGAGAACUGUGCGGUGCUGGAGCUGAGGCGCCUGUACAGGUGGGUGGAGAGCACCGUGGCCCUCACCUCCUGGCACCUGGCCUAUCUUGUCACCUGGACCACCUGCCUCGCCUCCUACCUGCUGCAGGCUGCCUUUGAGCACACGGCCCAGCUGGCGGAAGCUCAGGGGGCUGAACCCCAGGAGGCCCCAGGACCCUUGCCUGAGUCCAAGCUCCAUGAGCCUUCCACCCGCAAGGCGGGCCCAGUCCUGCCAGAGCCUGGAGCCCCUGGAGAAUAAACGUGACCCCAUCUGCGUC